AUGGCGGCUAACGACGACCUUAUCGACUUUGAUAUCAUCGAGACGCAGAAGGAAAACAUUCAGUCGCUACCAGGCGGCCGAUCCGCGAGAGAGCUAGCUCGCAUCUUUUCGCCGCGCGAGACCGACAGCAAGCACGCCGUGCCGUCGCCAAAUGACACGCGGACGCUGAACGACGCUAUCCGACAGGAGUACGAGGCCGAGCUGGACACGAUCGGGGAGUCGGACGACCCGCUAGACAUCUACGAUCGCUACGUGAAAUGGACCCUGAACGCAUACCCGUCCGCCCAAGCAACCGCCGAAUCCGGUCUGCUUCCGCUAUUGGAGCGCGCCGUCAAAUCCUUCCUGUCGUCGAACCACUACAAGAACGACCCGCGCUACCUGCGCCUUUGGGUUCACUAUAUUCGGCUCUUUUCGGACUCGCCGCGCGAGACCUUCGCGUUCCUGGCGCGCCAUCACAUCGGAGAAGGCCUGGCGCUCUUCUAUGAGGAAUUCGCCGCUUGGCUGGAGGGCGCGGGGCGAUGGACGCAGGCGGACGAAGUGUACCGCCUAGGUGUGGACCGAGAGGCGCGGCCGGUCGAACGCCUAGUCCGCAAAUACGGCGAAUUCCAGCAACGCUACGAGCAGAAAUCUCACGAUAACGGCCCCUCCUCCCCUGCACUGCCGGCGGUGCGCCCGGCAUUGGCUGCCAAGACGGACCCCUUUUCGGCGGCAAUGCCAGCGACGAGUGACCCGCAAGCGCAGCAGCCAUCCCCCGCUGCAGCGGCCCCCGCGAAGACGAAGUCCGGCAAGGCCAAGAUGGCCAUAUUUUCCGAUACUGGCUCUUCGGCGAGUCAGCCUGCAGUGUCCGCGCCGACCAAGGGCUGGGAGAGCAUUGGAUCAAUGGGCGAGCGGCGGAAGGAGAACAAGGUAGAGGCGAAGCCGUGGGCUGGGGAGACCCUCAAGGCUGGAAAGAAGGCUGCGCCAGCGCAGAAGAUGGCGAUAUUCAGGGAUGAGCAUGUUCCAGAGCACCGUGUAAGGGAGGCCAUAAACCCACGUACAGGGCGACGGGAGCGCGUCUUUGUCAACCUAGAUGCCGUGUACCCCGACUAUCACAACGCCAAUGUCGAGGUUAGUUUUGAAGAGCUGCGGGCCAUGAAACGGGGCUGGCUGGAUAAGAACUGGCGCGCGCACAAAGAGCCCCUGAAGCAGAUCUCUGGCAACGAGAACAUGAUUGAGCAAGAAAGAGACUUGCCUGAAGAGUUUAACCGUAAAUUGACAGUUAAAGAUUCGGAGUCGGCCUCUCAGCAACAGGCUGCCGACAUCGAUGGCAAAUCUAGCAAGUCGCGGAAAUUGAAAGUCCGCGAGGUUAAAGGGGAAACACAAACAGUCAAAAUGAAAUUUGAUUCGCCCACUGGCGGCAAGAUUCGACGCAAGAGUACACACGAACCAACUAUGACUAUGCACACUCGGGCCGCCACAGAUGAGAUCUAUAGUAUAUUCAAUCAGCCGCUCAAGGCGGAGACAGAAGUAGCAGAAAGCAGUGAUUUUGAGGAUGACGACUAUACAAGUGCCGGUGAAAGUACGGUGACGGGACGAAUCUCAGCUGCUUCCAGUGAUUUCGGCGACGACACGUUUCAUAGAUCCUUUGAUGGGGACGGCUUUGAUGACAACACAAGAGCUGAGAGUGUUGUAGAUGGUGAAUUGACUCAGUUCUCUCCUACAAAGGACAUUCACGACUUGGAUCCCGUCGAUUCGAAAACGGCCACUUCCACUCAUUCACCAACGCCAUACGAGUCGCACGAGGGACAAGACGGUGAGGUAUACUCUGAUGACGAGACAAGCGACGGGCGAUUCGUUCCCCAAAUGCCCGAUGACUACAAUCCACCCUACGGUACAUAUCGAGAUCCUGCCAUAAUGGCACAGAAUCGCCUGCCCUUCAUGACGCCCAUUGUGGAGCAGACCGAGCAUUCAUUCGCCUCGAUGACAGCAGCCAGAAACCAACUCUACAAUGCGAAGACGCCGUCGAAACCCACGCAUCCCGUCGACAAGACACCUCACAUGCCCCAGAUUGACCUCCUGGCCACUCCCUUGGUCGCCGAGACGCCGUACCUCGAGAGCCUGCCCGAAGACGUGACCUUGAGUCCAACGGCUCUCAAAAAGACACAAUUCGGUCUCAAGCUUUCCUUUCGAUUGAGCGACAAAAGCCAGCAGUCUCCGGUCAUCCCAGAUGCGCAGUGCAACCCCACCAACAAAAACAUCCGUGACAUUAUUCUCAACCAUUCGAUGAAUCCGGUUUCGACUGUCUUUGCCGGUUUCCAUCACUUCCCCGAUAUGGAGACUCACUAUGCUUCCGACAUUCAAAAGUUAAUGAAGACACACGUCAAGCGUCCUCGGAGCGGUGACGAAGCGUCCUUCGACGUGCCCAUUCUCGAAUUUCCCGAGGCCGGCAGGAGCUACAUCAUUAGGCGAGAACUUGGUGCUGGCGCCUAUGCCCCAGUAUACUUUGCCGAGAGCGUUGACAAUCUGUCCUCCGAUUCGGAGAGCGAGUCCAUGGAUGACGAUGCGGCAGAUUCCCGCACUUCAAACGCGAUCAAACGAAACACAUCGCGCUAUGGCUUCGAGGCAAUUAAACUGGAAGUCGGGCCUCCAAAUCCUUGGGAGUUCUACAUGAUUCGAUGCGCACACGAGCGACUGAACCAGAAAAUCGAGCUGUCUCGGGCUGCUGAAAGUAUCAUCCGUGCUCACGAGCUUCACGUCUUCAAGGGAGAGAGUAUCCUGGUCGAAGAUUACCGCUGUCAGGGAACCUUGCUGGAUCUUGUCAAUCUCGUUCGCAACGAGCCUCUCACGGCCAACACAACCGCCGAUGGCGGUCUCGACGAAGCCCUUGCCAUGUUCUUCACAGUCGAACUGUUCCGCACCGUGGAGUCCCUUCAUGCCUGUGGUAUUUUGCAUGGAGACAUCAAGGCCGAUAACUGUCUGGUCCGACUCGAGGAUAAACCAACCGCGCCAGAUGCCUCGCUUAUUGACCUUGGUGGUGGCGAGGACUACUCCGAUCCGCGCGAAGUGCACUACUCCCCUCGAGGCCUGUACGGCUGGCGGAACAAGGGCCUUUCCCUGAUUGACUUCGGCCGUGGAAUCGACAUGCGCGCCUUCCAGCCUUCCGUCCAGUUCAUCGCCGAAUGGGAAACCGGCAAGCACGAAUGUAACGAAAUCCGCGAGGGCCGACCCUGGACUCACCAGAUCGAUCUCUACGGCGUCGCCGGCACCGUCCACGUCAUGCUCUUUGGGAAAUACCUCGAGUCGACUCCCGGUCGAAAGAGCGAGGGUGCCGCCCCGUCCCCCAGCCGCGACGGCACUGCCCCUUCUGCUGGUAGCCCCCGAACCUACCGGAUUCGCGAGUCCCUCAAGCGAUACUGGGAGCGAGAGAUCUGGAGCGACGUCUUCGAUCUCCUUCUUAACCCUGGCUCUGAGCGUUGGACUCAGUUGGAAGCCAGCAGCGAUCCCGUCAAUGCUCCUAUCUCGGACGAGAACGCUCAUCCCCACGCUCCCAUCCUGCCAGUCCUCAACUCCAUGCGCCAUCUCCGCGAAAGAAUGGAAGCGUGGCUCCUCGUCAACGCAGAGAAGAAGAGUCUUGGUUUGCAGAUCCGGAAGUUGGAGGCUAUUUUCUCGGAGAGGAAGAAGAGGAUGGAGAAGUCUUAG